UCUAAUACAUUCUUUCUUUUUCUUAGAUUCACGCACCCUCUGAGGACCAAUGUACCCAAAAGCUCAUGGAAGAAAAAAGUCAAAUCAGGACAUCCUUGGUUUCCAGGCUACCAAAAUAUGGAACGAAAACUUUAGGAAGCGUCUUACAACCGACGUCAAAUGGGACAGCUGUUAAUUUAGCAGGGAAUAAUGGUGGCAAAAAUUUCAGCAAGCACAAUGGCACUGUUAACAUGUCUUCCUUCUCUUUCAAUUGGAGAAAAUCAAAUAAAUAUCAGCUUCAUGAUCAAAAUGAGAGAGAGACUAACUCUAAACAUAAUUGUAAUGACAAAUUAAUUGAUUCUGAGAAGUAUUCUCAGUCUCAAGGAGCAUUGAGUAAUGAUAUGCUCAGGGUGGGUUUGAAUAAUACUGCUUCAAUUGGGUCAAAAACAGCAAAGCAAAACAAUAUGUUUGUAUCGUCUACUGAGGAAUCAAACCCAAAGUCUUUGCCUGGACUGUCUAGUUCAGCAAAAUUCGCCAAAGGUGCCCUGUCAGGAAGGACCUCAUAUUCUGGACUCAGUGCUCCAAAAUCACACUUAAAUGGAUUUUAUGGUAAUCGGGCAAUGGUAGGUUUGCAGAGACCUAGGGCAAAUUCUAAUGCCUCAAGGACAAGUUCAGGAGAAAGCCUUGUACACUCUACAGACAAUAGCAAGUCUUCUUCCUGUGAAAAAAUGGUAAGAUCACAAAGUUUUUCACAUUCCAUUCAGAAUGCUUUCCUUCCCGCUGCAUCGUUAACCAGGUCACAUUCCUUUAAUAAAGCUGUGGAUCUUACAAGGCCUUAUCAUAGUCAAAAUCUAGCUGCUAGGACAUCUCAGAGGUCAACUCUGUGGUCAAGAAAUGCAAGACAGUUGGAUGUACCCAAUGGAAAUGAAUCUGUGAAGUAUGGAUUUACAAGGCCAUACUCUAGUAUAUCAUCUCCUUGCACAAAGAAGUCCUCGCUGUCGAAUGGAUCUGGGUCAGCUCCUUCUUUUGGAUACAGAUUAAGUCGGCCUUCUCUGUUGAAGCCUACUGGCCAGCGGUUUGCUGGAAAUAUUAUUGUGGAUGGUGGCAAAAGUACAACUUCUGACACGUAUAUAUUGGAGAACUCUGAAAUAUCAACAAAUAUAAAUAGAACAAUUGAGAAAAAUAGCAUUGUAGAGAGUAAUGCUCAAAGAACAGAAUCUGUUGAAGGCCUUCGUGAAAGCAUGGGAAAACAUGGAUCAAAUGUCAUGUGCAUGAGCGAUGAUGGAGAUGAAAUAUCUAUAUCUUCUUUGUCGUCCUCUGAAAAAAACGACUUGAGUGAAGACUUCAGUGAUGAUUUCAUAGAUUUAGAAGAUCCAAAUAAAACAAUACAAGCACAGCAGAAGGAGAGCUGCAUUCAAGAGUUAGAGCACGGGAGCAUAACAUCAGUAGAGCCGUUUGCUUCUCUCAAGGAAAGUGGAGGAUCUUGCUGUAAUGCUGAUGACUGGCUUGAUAUAAAUGUGUCUGCAAUGGAUGACAACAGUGAAAGCACAAAGCACACUGCCGAGAGCGCGAUUUCUCCAGAUAUGAAUUACAGAGCUGGGUCCUCUUUUGAGCUUUCUCCAUCUGAUAGCUCUGAUGGCACAUAUAUGUGGGAUGAAGAGGGACUGGAACCUAUUGGAAGUGUCCAUCCAUGUGGAAGUUACGAGUCAUCUGAAAUGAACAGCAUAGUAUGUAUUUGUGUAUAGCCUGAAUAUUUGUAGUUUUCUAUUAAGUCUCUUGCUGAACUAUAUUUAAAAAAUAGAAUUAAUGUUAUUUCUUCUUACUUGAUAACUGUUUCUUCUUUCCCCCGUAGUUGACAGAUUUCUGAAACUGUUCUGUUAAGGAAUUCCUGAUUCUAGACAGAUGGCCUUGAAACAGACUGUUUACAUACAUGUCUUCCUCAUUCCCAAGUUGUAACAAAAUAGAUCAAUCCUCAUGCAUUUUCGUGGUAGCACUCACCAUUUACAGAAGGAAUUUCUUUAUUCUUGUAAUGCUAAAUAUCCUUUACCAGUCUUGAAAUGUAAGAGUGAAAAAGCAAGAUAAUAGCAAAUAUCUGUCUUCCGUUGCCUUGUUUCUAGGCUGUAUCUGAACAUGAUCCUUUUGAACACAAAUUUAUUUUCAUUUGUCAGUUUGUUCUUACAUAGUAUCUUUGAAGUAGGUACCUGGCUGUAUUUCGUCAGGUGGGCUGGACUAUUUGUAUGUCUGGAAUACAUAAGAGGAACAACUGUUUUUUUUUUUUUUUUCCUAAACAUUGCUGAUCUGAAUCAAACAUCCAUCCAUCUAGAGUGGAUGGAGAAUAGUAGCACUCCUCCAGCUGAAGUAAGCUAGCCAACCUCUGGAUCCUGGCAGCUUUGAUGAAAAUAUUGUUUGUUCUUCAUCCCUUUUUCACAGAAACAAUAUUCAUAUUUACUUAUCUGAGUUGUUUAAUUAAGACUGUUCAGAUUUUAUUAACAUUACACUAAUAUUUUGAAACUUCUAACAAUAUCCAUGUAUAAUUGAUUGGUUUUUCAUGCUUCUGAAGUUUUAGGAGUGUUAGGUAUUAUGUCACCUGUGCCAGUAUCAGCACUGUGGAAGCACUGUGGUACUAAUUCAGGCUUUGAUUUCUUAUUUUACUGGGGUUGGCUAUGCUAGCCCUCAAGUCUGAACAGCAUAGAAUUGGCCUGUAACUAGGGCGUGCUAUCUAAUUAUAUUGUUAGGUAGAACUACAUACAAAUUUCUGGUGUAUUUUCAGCCCCUUAUGGUAGGGUUUAUUUUCUGUCUUAAAUUAUGGUCCUGGGAUGUGGUGCAUAAAGAAAGUUUAGAAAUAGUUACUAACUUCUCUUGGUAAUUACGACUGGCUUGAAAAAGCACUGAGAUUUUCCUAGCGUGAACUUUGUAGCUUAUGGACAUUUACAGGAAAAAGUUUAGUGUAAAAACAAAUGCCCAUCUCCCUGACACACACAUGAAUGCACCUGGAGAAGUUCUUGAACUUUCUUCUUGGUGAAUUUUAAAUACAGAUAUUUGUGAUACACGCAGUGGAAUUUAUAUAACAAUUAAGUUAUAAUUCCCACUUGCUUUUGGAUUAUGGAAUUUGUUUGGUGGUCUGCAUAUAUUAAUUCAGGCAAACGUAUGAACUGAUGGUCAGUCAUAGAUGGUCUGUUGGGUUAAUAGAAGCUGUUGUAAGUCUCGUACAGCUGAGAUACAUUAGAUGCUUUUGAUAUUUUUUCAAUAUUUUAUUGAAGGAUAAUCUUAUUUGAUUUAAAAUGGAUUAUGAAACAGUAAUUGAAAUCUGGCUUGAAAGAGACAGAUGGAUUUUAACUGCUUUGCUUAAAAUUUAUUUGCUCUUGGUGUGAAAUCCACAUCUCAGUAGAAUGAAUCUGUUUUGUCACUUACUGAUGUGACUAGAGUUUCAGCCACAGAGUCUAAGAUGGUUGUUUUUUUCUUUUUUUAAAUAUCUCAUGUUUGUGGGAGUUUUUUGUUUUGCUUUCCCUUUGUGAUUGAAUCUUUGUUAUAGAAUGUUCCUUUCCUGGGUUUCAGAAUUAGUUUGAGAGUGUGCAGAAUGGUUUAUGACCCUAGGGGCAUGGCUAGUCUGGGAAAUAUGCUUUUUAAACUUGCAUAUUUCUUACAGAAAAUAAGCUUGCAGGAAUAACACUGUGUAAUAUUCAACCUGUGGUACUCACUGUUUUCUUACAGUUAUCUUAGUUGCAAGUAAUUGAGCAUUGCUUUAUGUUUUUUAAUAAUUCACUUCUCUACAUGACGUGGAUAAUCUUUUAAAUUGACUUUUCUUUUUCUGUUGUACAUUCUCUCCAGUGGGUUAAUGCCAAAUCCGUAGUUCUUGUUCUGUGGGAAGGUGGACUUGUAACAAAGUAAUCCAAAAUUUCCAGCUCUAAUAGAAAUACAACUGCAAGUAAGAUUAAGAUAAUGUACAGCUAUGGAAUAAAAAGAUUUUUUGGAUAAAUGUAAGGAUUCCUUAUAAAGUAGUAUUUUGUUGUCUUUGAUAAGGUGUCACCCCUUAAACUUUACCAUGUGAGAUAAACAUCACUUACCCAGUG